UGACAGGAAAAUGCCUGGUCUGGUCUGCAGUGGAGCGUUCACUUUUCCAGCCGCCACAGCCACAGUGGCCACUGCCACUGCCACGGCUGACGGAAGCAAUCGGAGCAGGAGUACGUGCAACAACCUUAACCCUAAAGACUGGACAUUCACUUGAUAUCCACUUGAAGCACUUGAUACCCGCUUGAACUCAAUCUUGUUUCGAUGUUGAUAUAACAUUUCCCCGGGAAAUGGCCAUGGAAAAUGCGGCACAAUGGAUAUUAUGCGAGCGAAAUGGUAAUGGCAAUGCAAUACUUUCUAUUUCAAUGUUACAUCAGGGCCUGGGCGCGAUCCCAUUGCAAAUCUUUCACUUUUGGGCGGCUUUGGCUGUGGAUUUUGCUUUCGGAGGCUAUAAAAGCCAGCGGAUGGAUGGCAACCAUUCGCAUUGGUCGAUUGAGUUCCAGCCGCACAGCACACACUCAAGGACACACAGGACACCAUGUGGAGGAUAAUACUCGUACUGAUUUGCGGCAUACAGAUGAUCUGCGCCUCGGAGCACAGCGACGAGGGAUGGUCAGGAGGGGAUGGGGGCUCCCACUACGGUGGAAGCGGCGCCAGCGGCAGUGGCAGUGGGAGUAGCGGAGGAGGCGGUGAGGGACACUACCAGCAUCAUCAUACACCCACCACAUAUUCGGAGAUCUCCAAGCACGUGCCCGUGCAUGUGAUAGAGAAGAUUCCACUGCCCAUUCCCCAUCCGGUGGCCGUGCAAGUGCCCAAUGUGAUCCGCUUGCAGAUCCCCGAACCCUAUGCCGUCCACGUGCCCGUCCAGCAGGAGAUCCAAGUGCCAGUCUACAAGAUAGUCCCAGAGAUAACCGAACGGAAGAUACCCUACACGGUGGAGAGGCCCUAUCCCGUCGAAGUGGAGAAGCCCUAUCCCGUGGAGGUGAUCAAGCAGAUCAGGAUUCCAGUGCCGAAGCCCUAUCCCGUUCCUAUAACCAUUUACAAGCAUGUCCUGCAGAAGGAGCAUGGCUGGUAGUGCACACUAAGGAUAGUAUAGGAUAGGAUGUGCAGACUCAUUUCUUGUCAACCAGUAUGGGCAUUUGUAUACCCUAUUUCGUGAAUAUUAUAUAAAGAUACUGUUUUCCAACCUGCUUUCAAAC